AUGGGAUAUGAUUCGCCCCUUGCUGCCUUGCCAUCAUUCCUGCCAUGCAACUCCUCCUUCUUCUUCUUCUUCCUUUUCACAAGUCUCCUGAUCAUCAGUGCCCCGGCUUAUGCUUCUAAGGAUUCAGCACCUUUGUGCCUCUCUAACCAGAGUGCCGCACUCCUCCAAUUCAAGCAAGGUAUUGACCUUCAGCCCAGCAGGCUGAGUUCGUGGAAGAAGGGGACAGACUGUUGCCGCUGGGAAGGCGUUACCUGCGACAAAACUGGCUUCGCUACUGCACUGCAAAUAUCCAAUGUUUGGUCCGGAGAGGACGGUAGUAGUAAGCUCGACCCUUCUUUAUUCGAACUUUCACAUCUUCGGGUUCUUGAUCUUGGAAACAAUGGAUUUGAUGGUGAAAUCCCAAAAAGGCUCGGGGAACUCACUCACUUGACUCACCUUGACUUGUCGAACUGUUAUUUCGAAGGAGCGGUUCCAAUGGAGAUCUCGCAACUUUCAAGGCUGGUCUAUCUUAAUCUCUCUGGUAAUGUUCACUUACUACUCGAGAACAAUAGAUUUACCCAUCUUGUAAGUGGGUUAAGCAGUUUGAAGCACCUCGCCCUCGAUCAAGUUGUCAUCUCCAUGAGCAGCAAAAGCGUGAGUGUGAUUACGUCGUCGUCCUUGCCAGGUUUGCAAACCCUCAGCCUAGAGAACUGUAAUAUCUCUGGCACUUUGGAUGAAUCCAUUCUCCAACUGCUCUCCCUUGCUUACAUGAAUCUGAAUGAAAACGAAUUGUUCUACAUACCAGAGUUCUUUCAGAAUUUCACCUCCUUACGGGUUCUCAAGUUGGCAUACAGUUCUAUCCGUAGCUUUCCUUCGGGCAUUCUCCUACUGCCAAAUUUAAAGACUCUAGAUGUCUCAAAUAAUGAUGAUUUGGUUGUGUCUCUGCCCUCAAAAGCUAUUCCAUCAAGUAGCAACAUUCAGUAUCUGGAUCUAAGCCAUGCGGAGCUGCAUGGUGACCUUGCGGUGCUCUCAAAUCUCACCAAAUUGACGCACUUGUACCUACCUAACUGUGCAAAUAAUGGAAGCCUUCCAUUUUCUUGGGCCUCAGAUAGACUAGUCGAAGUGGAUCUCUCAUCCAACAAUCUGAAAGGUUCUAUUCCUGAAGGUUUCUGUUCUUCCAGCCUCACUACCCUACGCCUUGAGAGCAACUUCUUAAGUGGGACGAUUCCAUCUUGCCUUUUCAACCUACCCACUCUAGAGUACCUUCACCUCUAUGGCAACCAAUUGACUGAGGGCAUCCCUCCCACCAUCGUAAAUCUCCCUUCAUUAAUAGAACUGCAGCUUUCCAGCAACAGGCUAACCGGAAGCAUCCCCUCUUCUCUUCUCAACCUCCCCUCCUUAGACACACUGGAUCUUGCAAAUAACAGAUUCAAUGGUUCACUUCCCAACUUCUUUAAUCAGCUUCCGAACUUGACUUUUUUGCAACUAGAGAACAAUUGCUUUAGUGGCAUCAUCCCUUCCUCAAUUAGCACCCUUUCUGCUUUGAUGGAAGCUGACCUUUCCUCCAACUGUUUUAAUGGGACUGUAGAUCUCUCCCCAUUCUUGAGCUUGCACAAUCUCGAACUAUUGAAUCUUUCCAACAAUAAGGGACUGACAGAACUGGAACCGACAAAUUCUAGCUACUCAUUUCAUGGCUCUGUGGAACUUUCUAUGCUCGAUGUGAACUUAAGUUCAUGCAACAUCGACAGCUUCCCCACGUUCCUUCAGAAAUUAGGUCUUCUUCAUAUCCUGGACCUUUCUAAUAAUAGGGUGAGAGGUAAGGUACCAUCUUGGUUAUGGAGGAGUUUUAGCCUGACAGUUUUACUUCUGAAUCAUAAUAAGAUAGAUGGAUUUGAAGCAGUCAAUGGUAGUAGCUUGCAGGAUUCCCGAAUUGCAUACUUCUCUGCCCUCAACAAUCUCAUUGUUGGAGAGAUCCCGACCUUCAUUUGCAAUUUGACUAUGCUCCAGGCACUAGUUAUAUCAAACAAUGAUCUCACCAGCACCAUACCAGAGUGUCUUGGCAGCCUCGGGCUGAAGGUCUUGGAUCUUGCAGAAAAUCAUUUGCAAGGUCAAGUUCCACCCAUGAAUGCCAGUGUGGAACUGGUCAGCCUCGACAACAACUUAUUGAGUGGGAAAAUUGGUCACAGAGCUUUCCACAAUUGCAUAAAUUUGCGGGUUUUGGAUCUGGGCAAUAAUCAGUUCAAUGACUCAUUUCCCUCUUGGUUGAGCAGUUUUCCCAAUUUGAAAGUGCUAGUUUUGAGGGCCAACCAUCUCCAUGGACCCAUAACACUUUCUGGUUCGAGAGAAGCCUUUUCCUCUCUGCAUAUCUUGGACAUCUCUAGCAACGAUUUAUCUGGGUCGCUUCCACAGGAAUUGUUUACAAGUUUAAGAGAUAUGAUGGGGAAUGAAUCAAACGGCCAGUGGACACAUAUCAAUACAUUUGAGAAUCGGUAUCGGCCUUCCGCCUUGUUGGAAGUGCCCUCCUAUGUUAACCAAUUUGUUAGCUACAACAUAGACUAUUUUAUGGUUUCAGUGGUGCAAACCAUCAAGAGAAUCACUUUGUUGAUUCCAAAGAUUAGGUACACCUUGUUCAUCAUCGACCUGUCUAGCAAUAUGUUCACUGACAGAAUUCCAGAUGAGGUUGGAAUGUUGAAGGAAAUAAUCUUACUGAACCUCUCCCACAACAAUCUGAGUGGCAUGAUCCCAAAAUCACUUGGAAACGUACAACAGAUGGAAGCAUUGGAUCUUUCUUGUAAUCACUUAUCUGGAGGUGUACCGGUGGAACUCUCUAACAUUACAUUUCUUGCAGUGUUAAACUUGUCAUACAAUGAUUUGCAUGGAAGCAUACCACAAGGAAAGCAGUUCAGCACUUUUGAUGAAUCUUCUUUUGAAGGAAACCCUGGCCUUUGUGGGUCUCAGGUGCAUCGGUCGUGCUCUGGAGGAAGAGAUAAUGAUGGUGUUCAUCAACAAGCAUUUGUUAACUGGGGAGGAAACGAAGAUCCGAGAAAAAAGUGGGAGUGCAUUGGAGCAUUGGGUAUUGGAUUUGCUGUUGGACUUUUCAUUAUAACUCUUCCCACCUUGUUGAUCCAAGGAUUUAGCAACUGGUAUUGGAAUUUAAUCGACAGAGUGGCCGAAUUGCUCAUGCAAGCAAAGGCUCCUCCCCAUCUGUCCGGUGACAAGGACGACCAUAUUUUUUUUAUUCUUUCUAAUAUUUUUGUGAUAUAUAGAUGUUUUGUUUUCAUUGCAGAAAUUUUAAUGUUGCCUUCUAUGAUUCUACAUCAAGUUCCAGAAGGUCAUGUUGGUGCAUAUUAGAGAGGAGGUGCUCUUCUUAAAACAAUUACAGAUCCAGGUUUUCAUUUGAAGAUGCCUGUUGUAACCCAUUUCGAGCCCAUUCAGGUGACCAUUCGGACAGACUAGGUAAGGAAUAUCUCAUGUGGUACAAAAGGUGGUGUUAUGAUCAGCUUGGAGAAGGUUGAGGUUGUUAAUCGGCUCCGCAAAGAAUAUGUUUACAGCACAUUGCUGAACUAUUGGGUAAAGUAUGACAUGAUAUGGAUAUAUGAUAAAAUUCAUCAUGAGAUCAAUCAAUCUUGUAGUUCGUAUGCUCUGCAAUAAGUUUAUAUCCAAGUGUUUGAUCAGAUUGAUGAUAAGAUGAAGGAAGCAAUUCAAAGUGACUGCACACUUUAUGCUCCACGCAUUGAAAUUAUUAGUGUUCGUGUAACUAAGCCAACUAUACCAAAUAGGAUAAAAAGGAACUUUGAGCAGAUGGAAGAGGAACGUACUAAGGUGCAGAAGCCCGCUCUCUUCUUUACUAAGACAGAUGAUCUCUGUCUACAUUUUCUUUUCUUAUCAUUAGAGAAAAUAGAAAUAGGUUCUGAAAUCAUUUCCUCUUGUGGUCUUCAAGAUAGGCCUUUUAGAUUGAUGGGUCAUCCCAUGAAGUUUCUAAAACAAGAUGUAUGCCUUAUGGCCUGA